CAGCUCGACAUCGUUGACUCCCGAUAAGGAAGAAGCCGCGGGCGAAAGGCGCUUCCGCUCCACCGCUCCCCGCGCCUCCGUCGAAGCCGCGCCAUGAACAGCUUCGCUCCCUCCCGCCCGCUGCUCCUCCGGAGCUCGCCGGCGUUCCUCGUCGUCGUCCCUCCGACGUUCGCGCGCCCGCCUCCUCCCUCGCGGGGCCGCCUGCCGGAGUUCCGGCGCGGGCGAGCCGGCGAGGAGGACGGGAGGCGGAGGGGCGGGAGGGCGGUGGCGCGCGGGUGGCUGCUGCCGGUGGAUCCGUGGGCUCCGGCCGUCGAUUCGGGGAGCGUCGCCACGCAGCUGUUCGCGUUCUCCCUGUUCCCGUACCUCGGCUUCCUGUACUUCAUCACGAAGUCGAAGUCCGCUCCGGGCCUGACGCUGUUCGGGUUCUACUUCCUGCUCGCGUUCGUCGGCGCCACCAUCCCAGCUGGGAUAUAUGCAAAAGUGCAGUAUGGUACUUCUUUAUCUAAUGUAGAUUGGUUACAUGGAGGUGCCGAAUCACUGCUCACUUUGACCAACUUAUUCAUAGUUCUUGGCUUGAGAAGAGCUCUUCGGAAAGCAAAAGUGACAAAAGAAAGCACAACAGUGGGGAACCUAGAAGAGAAGUCUUCUUUAUAGAUGCGAGGCUUCUAUUUCCAAUUCCAUGCUGUCAUAACGCCACGCAUAAUGUUGCAUUUUAAAGCACAAUGGUUAAACCUUCCAUUUGCAACAUGGUUUUCAACAUUGACUGGCUCUUGGAUCAGUCCUACUCUGGAAUUAGUUGAUCAGUCAUUGUCUGCUUAUGCAAUUUUUAGGACCGGUUAAACUGUUGUGUACUCUUGCCCCUCUGUAACAUUCUCUGACCUCCUUUCUGUGAAUCUAAAUAGUUUACUUACUGAGUUGGUUGUAGACUACAUUGACAACAUAUUCAAUGAAAAAUUUAUGAUCA